AUGGAAACCUACGAAGGCUACCCCAUCAUGCCGGGCAUCAAGUCCGAAAUCCUCUCAAGCCACAAAAUCAAAGUAAAAGGAGCAAUUCUCUACCGAGUGCAAGUCGAAGACAAGAUCAAAUACGUAUGCGUCAAUGCACACACAUUACGUGGCCGCAAUAUCGUGAUCAUCCCAUCCUUCGAAGGAAACGAGGACGCAAACCUAGUGGAAAUAUGGCGAGGGCAAAACGGAAAAUUCAAAUACGAUUUCGAUAUAUUUCCUGGAGUUUCACCACAACACAUCUGGCAUAGGAAUCAGUUCGACUUGUCGAGACUUCAAAAAAUCGACGAAAUCACCGAGAAUGUAUCAAUAGUCAAACUGGCGGAUCAUACCAGAACCUUUAUCGCCAAGGUCAAGGUUGUGGAGCCUGAAGAGAUCGAUCUUGAGACCAGGAUUUAUGGGCUUCUGAGGAAAACCCGGAUAACCCCGAGGUUUAUGGGCCAUAUCUGCGAGGGCGAGGACGUGAGAGGGUUUCUUUUAGAGAAAGUCGAUGCGAUUGCACCCUUGGCUAUCGACUUCGACGCAUGUAAGCGGGUUUUGCAAACGCUUCAUGAUUACAAUUGGUGUUUGGGGAAGGUUACGAAGGAUAACUUUCUCAUACAGACUGAUGGGACGGCCAAGUUGAUUGGUUUUGGGCAUUGUAAGACUUGCUCUUUCCCUGCUGGUCGCAGACAAUGGAAGCUUGAAAGGAAAAUGCUCCAGGAAUUGGAGACUUUGCGCAGACUAUUCAAACAAUAG